AUGCUAUUUCUAGUUCUUGGCGGUUCAGUGCUGGGAUUUGGAAUCUAUCUGAAAGCCAGUAAAAAGUUUGAUGUUGCUUUGUCACCACAUAUCAAUGCGCAAAUCAUUGGCGGCGAAGCGAUUGAAAUCGUAGGAGUUGCUUUGAUCAUCAUCGGAAUCUUUACGGUUGUUUUGUCAGCACUCGGCUGUCUCGGUGCUAUACUGAGAAAUCGAUUUUUCCUGUACCUCUAUGGUAUUAUUCUCACUCUCUUAAUGCUAUGCGAAUUAGCUGCGUUCAUUAUAAUGAUGAGCGCACGUGUACGUAUACGAGAUAGUUAUGAGUCUGGCCUUUGGAACGUUUUCAGCAGAGCGUACAAUACUAGUCAACAAGAUGUCAUCGAUGCUAUUGGAGAGUUGCAGCAAGAGUUCCAAUGCUGCGGCGUUUAUAAUCUUGAUGACUAUAAGAAAGUAAACCGAACAGUCCCUGAUUCAUGUCAUAUGGGUCAGUCGGCUUUACAGCCCGUGUUCGCUAAAGGUUGCGCACAAGCCUUCAUUGAUUGGAUGUGGGAUGAAGUGCCCAUUAUUGUCGGUGUUGUCGGUGCAAUACUAGUGAUCGAAAUAUUUGGUUUGAUCGCGUCGUUUUCAUUGGCAGUGGCAAUGUCUCAUUUUGCCUAUGGACGAUUGCGUGGAACAUUCGUUUCGGAAUCAAAUGCUUGA